CUCCGGGCGCCACACGGACACGGGGCGACCGCGCGUGCUGUUAACCUCGGGUCCCGGCUGUGCCCGCUCCGGCUUUGGGUGCAGAUGGAGCGGUCUGUGGGGCUCAGCGCCGUCUUCUUGCUCUUAGAGCUUCUGCUUUGGGACCCGGCUGCUCCUGGAUGUGCUAAAUCACUGGGCUAUAAAUUCACAGUCACUCCUAAUGGGCAACCAUGGUGUGAAAUUCAAGGCCAGGUCAAUGGAAAAAUAUUUCUUCAUUAUACCUGUGGUAGCCAGGAGGUCAAACCCUUCAGUGUUCUGGAGAUGAAUGCCACACAGGCCUGGAAUCAGCAGAGAGAAACUCUGCAAGAUGUGGCAGACGAGCUCAAGAAGACCCUGCUUGACAUGAAAGCAGAGAUGACUGCACCCAGCGGUCCUCUCUCCCUGCAGGGCAGCAUGAUGUGUGAGCAGGAAUCCAGUGGACGCAACGGAGCAUCCUGGGAGUUUGGAUUGGAUGGAAAGAUAUCUCUCCGCUUUGACUCAAAGAAUGGAAACAGGGCAGAGCUAAAUGAUGAAGGCAGACUGUUAAAUAAAACAUUGAUGCGUGACACACAUAGGACUGAACUACUUGAUAGGACCUCAGUUGGAGACUGUAUGAAGUGGCUUAAAGACGUUUUGUCUUCCCAGGAUGAAAUUCUGAGUACAAAAGCUGCAUCCACCACUGCCACAGCCACAGUCCCAUCCAAGGCCACAACCAACACGCCCAUCGCCUGGUGGAUCUACCCUGUGAUCUUCAUCUGCCCAAUCAUACUUGGCAUCUUAGGCUGAGGCCUUUACAGUAACAGGAUGCUGAUGCGACCAUGAAGACCCUGGUGGUGUAGACCAUCUCAGCGACUCUGCCUUUGCUUGGCUACCUCUGGAUGACCUGCUGCUCGUUGUUAGAACCUGAGGAGUUCAAACCUCUGUCCAGAGACCAGGGUCAGAUCAGGAUGAGACAGUAGAGGCAGCAUCUCAUGUCUGUUUUUGCAUUUGCUGAUUAUUCUCCUCAGGGCUUUUUAAACAUAUCAUGUUACUUUCUGUGGUGCUAAGAGAUAUAAUUCCUACAUUUAAACAUUAAUGGCUUCAAUAAGAAAUCUCCACAAAGAGAACACUUUCCAUCUUUUUCUGGAAGAUCAAUUACAUCUCUGCAUCGUGACUUUUUAUGCAAAUGAUAUUACCAAAAAGUGCCAAACCUCACAAUUUCUUUCUGUCCACAAAAGUAAUUAUGUAUUUUUAAAGAAAAAAUUAUAUUGACAAUUGUUUCCAUUAGUAGCUUAUAACAGUACAAUAUUAAAUAA